CGUCUUCUUCAUGUCUACCCCGUCCUGUCCCCGAUAGAUCGAGGGAGCGCCGCGGCCCGCGGGGCGGAGAUGAGGGAGCGCCGCAGUACGAGGGGCGGGGCCGGGCGGUGACUGACAGCCUCCGCCCUGGAGCAGGAGCAGUGCGGAGACGGAGCGGGGCGGCGGCGGCGGCGGCGGCUGGGGCAGUGAAGACGGCGGUGGCGGUGUGGACCCGCGGGAGCAGCACCCCCGACCUCCCCAGCGAAUCCCCUCCCCUUCCCCGACCGAAUCGACCCCAACACUGACCCUCCACUCACUAAUGCCCUUCCUCUGAACCUUAACCCCUUACUCGGAGCUUUCAGUUGACCCUCUGCUUGUCCUCUGACCUCUGUCCCUCUCCUUCUGGCCCCCCUUCCACUCACUGCCCUCACCCUCUGACCUCUAACCCCACCCAGCGUGACCCCUGACCCCAUGCUGUCUGGCAACAUGCUGCCCUGCGUCAUUCGGGAGUUUGACCUCCCCCGCGCCCUGGAGCCUCUCCCCAACCUGAACGCAGUGGGUAUUCCGGGUCGCUGCCUGGGUCUCUUGAUUCCAGGCCCCGCAGCGACCGUCAGCACCUGGGAGACAGCUCAAGACCUUGGCUCUGGGCUGGAUACCAAUUGCAACAGGCCCAGGGUAGCCGGCUGGUCCUGGAGCUGGUCCCAGAGGGGAGCAGAGGCCUCCCUGACACCACCCUCCUCGCCCCCCUCAUCCUCCCCUUCCUCGGGGGCCUCCGAGUCUUUGGACUCUUCACCCUCAAAGGCCUCACCUGCAACAGGGCCUGUAGAGUUCCCUGCCUCCCCUUCCACAAGUCGCUCCCCGCUCCCCACCUCUUCAGAAUUCCCAGAUACUCCGUCGUCCAAAGCCUCCCCAACAAAUACCGGCACUGAAUUCCCUGCAUCCCCUUCUCAGAGUCUUUCCCCAUCUCUGGAUCCCUCAGAAUUCCCGGUUACUCCCUCCUCAAAGGCCUCCCCAGCAAUCGGGCAUUUAGAAUUCCAAGGCUCCCCUUCAAUGGAUUUCUCCCCCUCUCCAGGUCGCUUGGAAUUCCCAGAUACACCGUCCCUAAGGGCCUCCCAGGCAACAGGGCACCUAGAGUUCCCAGUCUCCCCUUCCCUGGGACGUUCCCCGUCUCUAGGUCCCUCAGAGUUCUCAGAUGCUCUGUCCUCAACGGCCUCUCCCGCAAAUGGCCCCACAGAAUUUCCAGUGUCUCCUUCCCUGGGACGUUCCCCAUCUCCGGGCCCCUCGGAAAUCUCAGAUACUCCAUCCUCAACUGCCUCCCCAACUCCGGAGCCCUCAGAGUUCCCUGCUUCUCCUUCUCUGGGACAUCCUCCAUGUCCUCAUCCCUCAGAAUUCCCAGAUACCCUGUCCUCAAAAGCCUCCCCAUCUCUGGGAUUCUGUGAAUUCCCAGACUCCCUUUCCCUGGGGCCCUCCCCAUCUCCACAUUCCUCAGAAUUCCCAAUCUCCUCAUCUCCACAUCCCUUAGAAAUCCCAGACAGUCCGUCCUCAAAGGCCUUCUCCAGUCUGGGACCCUCUGAAUUGCCAUCUUCCCAGGGAUCAACUUCCUCCCCAGAAGCCCCUCAGUUCCCAACCUCUCCCUCCCCAGGGGUCGCCCCUCCACCCGAGCAUCUGCGAACCCAGGACUCAGGGAGUGUGGGCUCCACACCCUCCCUUCCCCCGGGAGCCUCUCCUGCUCUUCCCACCCAGUCGCCCUCCCCCCCUCCCCCAGCUCACCUGGAGACCCCGGGUCAGGGGUCAGACAGGCCCCGGGUCACCACCUUUCACGAACUGGCGCUCAGAAGACGCCGUCCUCCACCCCCGGUGCCCCGACCCCCAGCUCCGGACACCCGUGGGGUCACUGGACCCCCGCCCCCGGUGGUCACCUUCCGGGAGCUGAGGUGGAGGGGCCGGACGGGUACCCUGGAGCCCCAGGAGGCAGGAGCGGAGCAGGGGAAUAGCGGAGAGCGGGGCAAGGCGGAUGGGGGAGCCAAGCCAGCUGAGGAAGCCUCCCCCCUGUGCGCUGUCCACCAGCGCCCACAGUCCCUUCCCCUCCAGCCCUUCCUGCUGUGCCUCUCGUUCCCAACGCCCAGCCUCUCCCCCGUGCCCCUGCCCCUGCCCCUGCCCCCUGCUGUGGACGUACAAGCCGAUCCUCAGACCAGCCUGUGCCCUGGGCGCCCCUCGCCAGUCGGGGCAUACACUCCCCCUCAGCGAGGGAGUCUCCCACUCUCCCUGGCCCCAUCUCCAGGCCUCGGCUCAGCGUGUUCCCCCACCCGCCCCAAGGCAUGGAGCUUCCCCUCCCCCCUCGGGCAACUCCUGGGCCCGGCCCCUGCCCUCCCCACCCUGAUGGAAGCUGCUCGGAGAGACGGUGGAUCGGAAGGUGCGGGUGAAGGGUCCGCUGUUCGGAACGCUGGCACGGCUGGCAGCCAUCCUUUACCUGGGGAUUCCUGUGCCGGACAGUGUGGGAUGUCUGAACUGUCCUCAACCCCCCCUCUCCGUCCACCCUACCCUGGGGACAGGGCCCCUCCGUCCAGACGACAACACAAGAAAGGUGAGAGGCUGAGGGUGGGAGUCACCAUCGCUCACACUAAU